AUCAGCGCGGCGGAAACAGCAGCGAUUUUCUAGCUCUGCAUUGCGCAUCCGCACAACACAUGCACAAUGGCGAAGCGCAAGUCCCAGAAGGACCCCGAGGACCUCCCCGACGCGCCCGAAGGCAAGGGCAAGAGGAGAAAUGACGACUCCGACAGCGACGAGGAUAUGGAUACUCUCGAUGUCGACUUCGAAUGGUUCGAUCCAAACCCCGCGGUCGACUUCCACGGCUUGAAGACCCUCCUCCGCCAGCUCCUCGACGUCGACAACCAGCUCUUCAAUCUCUCCGAGCUCGCAGACCUCAUACUAUCGCAACCACUGCUUGGAAGCACCGUGAAGUGCGACGGCACAGAAUCAGAUCCUUUCUCGUUUCUGACAGUACUCAACCUUGAAACACACAAAGACAAGCAAGUCAUUGCCGACCUGACCGCCUACCUAACCCGUCACUCUACAAGCCCCUCCCUCGCCCCCCUCAACACCCUCCUCACCGCGCCAUCCACCGCCCAAAUCGGCCUCAUCCUUACCGAGCGCUUCAUCAAUAUGCCCCAUGAGAUCGUCGCACCUAGCUACAAGAUGCUGCAGGAGGAGAUUCAGUGGGCGCUCGACGAGAAGGAGCCCUACGCCUUCACGCACUACCUCGUGCUGUCUAAGGCGUACAUAGAGGUCGAGUCGAACCUACCUGCCGCGGAGCAGCCCCCGGCGAAGAAGAAGAAGGCCGCCAAGGCUGAUAAUAGAGAGACGUUUUACUUUCACCCCGAGGAUGAGGUGCUGCAUAAGCACGCACUUGGGUUUGGGAGCUUUGAGUUUGAGAGCCCGGUUGAUGAGGGCGCGAGUGAUAGCAAGAGGGCGUUCCAGGAGAUGGGCGUGAAGCCAAUGGGGCAUUUGAUCCUCAUCGAGGCGGACAAGUUCGCUGGAGCUGUAGGCGCUGUUGAGUCGUUCUUGGGUGGAGGGCAAUAGGUCAAGCUAUAGUGGCUCAUCAGGACCAUAUGUGUGACGAAUUCCAAUGCAAUGACGGGCUGGAGAUCUAGACGAAUGUAUACCCGCGGUUAGCAAACACCGAAAAAUGGACAGUUGCAAAACGAAGACUCUACU